GACUCCAAAAAGUACACAGCCAAACCGGUUGGAUAGAACUAACAAAAGCUUGACAAAAGCCUAAAACAUUUUGGUCACACUUUGCUUGGAAUGAUUCUAGUCUACAUUUUCUUGCCAAAGUUAAUGACCAAAUGAACCACUACUACUACUAUUACUAUUUAUGUAUUGUAGGCUGUAGGCUGCUUUUAUUAGACCAAAGAACGCCCAACAGGAACAAGGAAAUUGGUUUCAUUUUGUGUUAAAUGAAUCUGCCGUGUUACAGCUGGUAUAAGACAAUCGGGGAUGGCUCUGACUAGAAUACUGAGACUGUUACUGUGUCUCGCUGCACUGUUUAAAUGGGGUCAGUCCAAUGUGGCAUGCAGAAACGACAGAGGAGAAGAAGUCGAUUGGUACAUUUUAUACAAGUUACCCAAAUUGAAAGGUGAUGGACUAAGUUACUUGUAUAUGGAUGAAAGCACAAAUGGAUGGAGGAUGAGCCAGGAAAAGAUCAACAGUCCCAGAGGGUCCGUGGCCAACACUCUCACACCUCUUUUUGACUACUACAAGAAAAAGACUGAAGGAUUUGGAUUUAUGCUCUACAAUGAUCAGCCUCCAAAAGGUCUUAAACCUGCCCCAGCAUCUUAUGGGCACAGCAAAGGGGUUGUGAUGUUGAACAAGACUUCAGGAGUCUGGCUGUCUCACAGCACUCCACAGUUUCCUUCAUAUCAAAGUGAAAGGUUUUGGCCGAGCAGCGGGGCAAGCAAUGCUCAGACCUUCCUCUGUGUAACUUAUGCUUAUAGUGAAUUUAAAAAUAUAGGUGUCCAUCUUAAAUACAUCCAUGCAUUCCCAUUUGAUUCUGCCUUCCCACCAUAUUUUCAUGAGGAGCUAAAAUGUGUUGCACAAAAAAGCUGCUACCCAACGGCCGAGCCCUGGUCUAAGAUCACAGAGCUGACUUCACUAAAAGGACACCGGUUUAAGAGCUUUGCAAAAUACUCACGAUUUCACGAUGAUCUUUAUGCUGGCCUUAUUGUGAACUUCAUAAAACAGGAUUUAUAUGUGAAGAGCUGGGGAAGUAUGCGUAAACCAUUGCCAUCAAACUGCAGUAAAAUCAUCCCACAUUAUGUGUACAACAUUAAAGGAGUGAACCCUCACAGGAGGGGGCCCUUCUCUGACACUGUGGACCACUCAAAGUGGUGUGUGACAGCUGGAAACAACUUUACUUGUGUGGCUGAUAUGAACAGGGAGGUCUCUCAGAUGGGCAGAGGUGGAGGGGCAGUGUGCACUGAUGACCCUAUUGUUGGGGCAGCAUUCUUCACAGCUGUUGAAAAGCACCAGCCAUGUGACGUCACACAACUUCCUGAUGAAAAUGGAGAACUGUGAAUCGAUAUGAUGAGAAAAAGUGAACAGUGACAGUGUGAAAUAUAUAUUAUGUAAAGCCUACUUUUAUCAUAGACUGUUCAAAACGAUUCUGUUUUAAUUGUGUAAAAGUCACAAAUACUUACCCUUUCUGUUAUUUAUAGUCUGUAGUACCGUAGCUUCAAUAAGACUGUUUUACAUAAAGAACAAAUCCAUUGC